ACCAUGGAGAGCUGCCGGGCGCUGGCGCUGUGCGCCGUGGCGGCCGCGCUGCUGCUGAGCGCCCGCGGGCACGGAUCGACCCCGCCGCGCCGCGCCCGCGACCUGGGACCGCCCGGCGGCGGCGGCGCCUCCCCGGAGAAGGAGCUGAUCGAGGCGCUGCAGGAGGUGCUGGAGAAGCUCAAGAGCAAGAGGGGACCGCACUACGAGAAGAAGUUCGGGCAGGUGCCCAUGUGCGACGCCGGGGAGCAGUGCGCCGUGAGGAAAGGGGCUCGCAUCGGCAAGCUCUGCGACUGCCCCCGGGGGACGUCGUGCAAUUCCUUCCUUCUCAAGUGCCUGUAAGCAGAGGCGUCUCGGGACAAGCCGCCGGGAGCGCAGGCACUGACGUCUGGCCGCCCCGACGUGCCGGCGACUUCCCGCAGCUCCUCCGCCCGAGAAACGCGGCGAGAAGUGCCCG